AAUACACACACAGCGAAAUCAGCGGGGGCGGAAGUUGUGUCGGUUUAUUUCGCUAGCUACUCACCUAGCAUUAACAAUAGCUUUUUAAUAUCCUUAUAUUCUAGUCAUUAUUCUCUCUGCACCUUUCACCGAUUGUAGAAACGUUCAAGAUUAUACAACACAUCUUAUGAAUUCGUUGAUGGCCUGUUUGCGGCUCGGUGUAGCUUUGUUUAGAAAUGACAACAUUAGCGUUAGCAUUUAGCUAAGAGCGGAUUCGUUUGGACAGUACCGAAACACUGUAUGAACACAUGUGAAUGAAUGAAAAGUGUUAAAGUUUGACAGCUUGCGAGAAGCGUUUAUUAACAAGAUAUUAAGCCAUGGCCGGGGCCGAUGUCCGGGAUAUCCUGGAGUUGGCUGGAGGAGACAAUGACGGUCCCAUCAGCAAGAAAGAUAUCAUCAACUCAGACAAGAAAAAAAGCAAGAAGGCAACAGAAACGCUGACCUUCAAGAGACCAGAGGGGAUGCACCGAGAGGUCUACGCUCUGCUCUAUUCAGACAAAAAAGAUGCCCCCCCUUUGCUGCCCAGCGACACCACGCAGGGCUACAGGACAGUGAAAGCCAAGCUGGGCUGUAAGAAGGUUCGUCCCUGGAAGUGGAUGCCCUUCUCCAACCCAGCUCGCAGGGACGGGGCCAUCUUCAACCACUGGAGGCGUGUGGCAGAGGAGGGCAAGGACUACCCCUUCGCCCGCUUCAACAAGACGGUGCAGGUGCCAGUGUACUCGGAGCAGGAGUAUCAGGUGCAUCUCCAUGACGACGGCUGGACUAAAGCAGAGACGGAUCACCUGUUUGACCUGAGCAAGCGCUUCGACCUGCGCUUCGUAGUUGUCCAAGAUCGUUACGACCACCAGCAAUACAGAAAACGUUCAGUGGAGGACCUGAAAGAACGGUAUUAUACUAUUUGUGGUAAGCUGGCCAAAGUGCGUGCAGUUCCAGGGACGGAGCCCAAGAUCUACGUCUUUGAUGCCGGACAUGAGAGGCGGCGCAAAGAACAGCUGGACAAGCUGUUUAAUCGCACACCUGAACAGGUGGCAGAAGAGGAAUAUCUUACUCUGGAGCUGAGGAAGAUUGAGAGCAGGAAGAGGGAGCGCGAGAAGAAGGCCCAGGAUCUGCAGAAACUCAUCAAAGCAGCGGACACGACCACGGAGCUCAGACGAGCCGAGAAGAGAGUCUCCAAGAAGAAGCUGCCGCAAAAAAGAGAGACAGAAAAACCGUCUGUUCCAGAAACAGCUGGCAUCAAGUUCCCUGACUUCAAAUCCGCGGGAGUCACACUGCGCAGUCAGAGGAUGAAACUGCCAAGCUCGGUAGGCCAGAAGAAGAUCAAGGCCAUUGAGCAGAUCCUGCAGGAGCAAGGAGUCGGUGAGUAUCUGAACCCCAUGCCCACGGAGGAGAUGGUCCAGAUGUUCAACGAGCUGCGCAGCGACCUGGUUCUGCUGUACGAGCUGAAGCAGGCUCACAGCAACUGUGAGUACGAGCAGCAGAUGCUGCGGCACCGCUACGAGGCGCUGCUGAAGGCCGGCGGAGGAGGAGGAGGAGGCUUUGGAGGAUCUUUGGGGUCUUUUGGGUCUUUAGGAGCUCUACCAGCCUCCCUAACACAGGGGGGAGAACUCAGCGCCUCCAACAGCACCACAGCAUCCACCCCGGGGGGCGAGGCUCCGUCCUGGCCCUGUACCGACGACAUCAAGCUGGAGGCCAAGGAGCAGAUCAUCGAUGUUGUCGGAGCACCGCUUACCCCCAACUCACGCAAACGGAGAGAGUCGGCGUCCAGCUCGUCUUCAGUGAAGAAGGUGAAGAAGCCUUGAUGAGCAGCAGCUGGGACAGGGUGCAGGACGUGAGUUACUCUGAUCACAGUGGUGACAAGUGUAAAGGUUGGACAUCAGGGACACGGGGGAGCUCGCACCACUGACUCUACACACACGACUUUUCACCGACCGGCGAUAUACUCUCCAUCUUUGUGACAAAGACAACAACUGAGUGACAUUUCAUUCCAUUACUGCGCGUCUCCCUGGCUCCGCCGCGGCUCCGCUUCAGACGAGGCAACAUCAACUGUAAAUUGCCAGGCCGAGCUAAUCGGGACGCGGGGAAGAAGCUGGGAAUGACGGGGUAAUUGGAAUGAAUUGGAAUGAAAGAAGAGACUCUGGGAGUGGGAGGACCUCGAGCCGCAUCGGACCCAUCUGAGGGUUUUUUUUGGAGCCUAAUCAUGUCGUAGUGUUUACUGGAAAUGUGUUUUUGUGUUAGCCUUUAGUACCUUCCCAGAGUGCACCUCUCUCUCUCUGGAGGGCUCCAUAUGCAGCCUGUGGAGCGAGUGUGUUUGUCCUCAGGUGACCUUGAAGAUGCUUCAGUCAAUGAUUCAAUAAACCUCAUUGUUUUUUUUCCUC